AAGUAAGAGAAUAAAUAGGAGGGGCAGGGCGGUGUCUCGUCAGUCUCAACUCACUCUCCGCACCAUGUACAAGCUCGGCAUCCUCCUCUUUGUUGGUGUCGCUACGGCCCAACAAUUCCAGUGCAUUGAAGAUGGCUACUUCGGCGACCCUCAUCAAUGCGACAAGUACUACGACUGUUACCGCGGUGCUGUGGAAGAGAAAAUGUGUCCUGAUGGUCUCGUUUUCGACAGAACUCUAAGCCCCAAAGUCGAGCAGUGCAACUACCCCUUCAUCGUCAGUUGCCCCGAGGGUUCCUCUCUCCAGCCCCCGAAGCCCGUCGGUAUCGAGUGCCCCCGCCAGAACGGCUACUUCGAGCAUGAAAACCCAGCCAACUGCGCCGAGUACUACGAGUGCACCGGUGGAGAGUUCGUCCUUCGUAGUUGUGCUACUGGUCUGGUGUUUGAUGAGUUCACCGGGACCUGCCAGUGGGCUCACACCGGCAUCCGUGCUAACUGUGGACAAGUGAAACGUGUUCUUGACGGGUUCACCUGCCCCAACGGCACCCAGUUGCAUACCAACGGCCAGGUGCUGGACCACAGCCGCUACUUGAAGGAAGGUGACUGCAGGUACUUCUACGUGUGCAAUGAAGGACUAUACCCCAGACUUGUCGGAUGUCCCCAGGGUACUGUCUUCAACGACAUCUCCCUCACCUGCGACGACCCAUCAAACGUGCCAGGCUGCGAGAACUACUACCCUGCUGAUGAAUUCACAAGUCCCCUUAAGAAAGCAGGCCUCUAAGAAUCAGCGACCGAAGUAAACUUGAAGAAUUUUCUCUAGUGUGAUAAGACAGGACCGUGGAAUCUUAGACGUCCCCAGCUAGAUGACUUCCCCAGGCCUCCUGGUCCACCUGCCUCACGCGACGAGCAAGUCGAGGACCACCUACGCCUGUAAAUCAAAUUAAAAAAAAAGUUGAGACAGCCAUAUGCCACAAAUUUGUAAAAAUAGGAAAUGCAUUUAUACACUUUUGUCAUGUUAUUACAAUGUUUUUUUUUAUGACUCUAGUCUUAGUUAAAAGUCCUGUAAAUUCCUCAAAAAGUGUUCUGUGGGCUUUCAGAUUUCACGAAUAUAGUAUUCAAUUCCCUUCUUUUUUUUGUUCAAAAAGAUUUUUUGUACGCCAUCAAACUUGCAGCUGUUGCCUCUAUUUCUCAAAUCAUUUAUUAAAAAAAAAAUCUUCAUUAUUCUCCUGUCUACUCGUUUUUUCUUUUCGUCAGUCCUAUUUUCCUUUCUCGAUCUAUUGAUUUUCUUUUUAAAUUCCUUCUUCUGUUGUUAUUUAUAUAAUGCACAGGAACACUUGUUGUGUGCUCACAAAUAAAAAAAAAUACAUU